AUGCCAACACCUGGUGAUUCGGGCAUGGCAAAGAAUGUUCAAUUGACACCGCAGUUCUUCUUAGAAGUUCUGGAUGCGAAGUUUGCUAAGCAGGAAGCUUUGAUUCGUGAGUUGCUGGAACAUAAGCCGCAUUCGUGGCAUUCAAACGCUAACCAACUCUGCUUUGAGCAGCCCAAAGAGCAAGUAGUGGAAGUGAGUGAUUUCGAUUCGCCCGAUGAAGAAUCGAAGCUGGAAUCUCACAUGGACACAUCAGCGCAUGCUGUGAGCAAGGUCACGCGUGCAGGCAGAUUGGGACUUCAAGUCAUGAGCGAGAAGUUAGAACCAGACCCUCCAAUGAAGGCCUUUGUGAAAGGACCGCUUGACGGCUACAUGGGCAUCGUCGUCCUCGUAAAUUUGAUUUUCAUGAUUCUGGAGACGCAAUGGACUGCCGCAAAUGCGGACAGUAUGCUCAAUGUUGGACCACCGCCAGAAUGGGGCAUUGGUGAAACAUUCUUCCAGGUUGCUGAAUACGUUUUCUUUUCUACUUAUGCCAUUGAUGUGCUCGUUCGGAUUAUCAUAUUGCGAUCUGAAUGGUACUAUGACAAGAGGGAAGGCAUAAUGUUUCUGAAUGUUUUUGAUGCAUGCGUCGUAGCUGUGAACGCGGUUGAGCUGCUGCUUCUACCGCUGCUAGUGCUUGGAAGCGACCCGGAUCAAGUGAACAGCAUUCGGGUCAUCAAGCUUUUUCGCAUUGCGCGUACUUUGCGUAUUGUGAAGACAGUUCAGCUAUUUCGGCAGCUCCGGCUUUUAGUGGGGACCUGCAUUGCCAGUAUUGGUGCUCUUUUUUGGUCUAUGAUCUUGCUGAUGGUGAUGAAGGUAGGCUUUGCAUUGAUUAUUUGCCAAGCCUUGCAGGGUGUAGUGAUGGACCCAGGCACCGAAGAGAGCACUCGUAUCGAAGUCAACCGCUUGUAUGGUAGCUUUCUAAAAGCUCUGUACACGAUGUUUGAGAUAACGCACAGUGGCAGUUGGCCAGCUGUUGUGAGACCUAUCGUGGAACAGGUUGAUGCAUGGUAUGCCGUCCUUUUUCUCGCAUACAUCACACUGGUGGUGUUUGCAGUUAUUAGAAUAGUGACGGCUCUUUUCUUGAAGGAGACACUAGCAAGUGCAGCAAAUGACGCCGACAUGGUGAUGGAAGACAAUCGACGCUCUGCAGUCGAAGCAAACAUGAAGUUGCAAGAACUUUUUCAUGCAGCUGAUGAUGACGGAGAUGGGCACCUUUCGCCUGACGAAUUUGUCCAAGCCCUUACCCUUCCCAGUGUGCAAGGGUUUUUGCAGUCAAUGGAGGUAAACAUUAGAGAUACCGGACCUCUUUUCGAGAUUUUGGAUGAUGGUGAUGGCCGCAUCACAAUCGCCGAGUUUUGCAAAGGGCUAAUGCAGCUCAAGGGGCAGGCCCGAGCUUUGGACAUCAUUGUGCUGCAGCAUGAGCUGGCCAAGCUCUUUCGCGAAUGUAAAGAAAUCCAUCAAGAUCUUCGACGGACUCUCACCCCUCUUUCUUCUCCGAAACGCACCUCCUAA